AUGAUCAUCACGGAUAUGCUUCUAUUCACUACACUGGACUCCAGUGUCCUUCGAGAGCUCUUGGGUCAUGCCGAUAGCUGGAGCAGCCGCUCCAACAAGCCUUACUUGGAUAUAACUCUCCACUGGAUUGACAACGACUUCAAUGCACUUGAGUGUACUCUGGAGAUGAUACCACAACCAUAUCCUCAUACAAUAUCUGCCACAGCUCGACUUAUUAGAGGGAUCAUUGGUCCUGCUAAUUGGAACAUCCAGGAAGCCAUUACUUCAGCUACCACAAACAGUGCGCCAGUCAUGCAGAAGACCACCGAGAUCCUUGGCAUGCCUCGUUUCCCUUGCGUCAUGGCCCAGGCAUUACAGCAAGAGCAAGAAUUGAUCAACCGCGAUGUCCCUCCAGUGAUUGUGAUCAUGGGCGUUGUGAUACGAUGGAACAGCACACUGCUGAUGCUCCAGCGGCUCCUGAAACUCAAGGUGACCAUUGAAUCUCUGCAGUUUACGCCAUUUGAAGACAUGACUCUAGUCUUCAGCUCCACUUCGAGUGGUCUUGCUGCUUAUGUUGCACCACGGGUGGUGGGAUUACUGAAUGAACUGGAAAAGGAGGAUAUCCCUCAUUUUGAUGCAUUGAACCAGUUCUGGCUAGAGUUCAUUGCAAAAAUGGAGACACGUCCUCUGAUUUCUGACGCGUAUCUUCUGGCAUCCGCACUCCAUCCAACAUUCAACACCCUGUGGUUUCUGGAGGACGAAGAGCGUUUCAAAUCGAUCAAAGGAAAGCUUCGUGAAGAGUUCAAGCAAGUCGCGCCGAACAGCCCCAAGUGCAACAUGAACAGACACCUGACCAAGAAGAAGGACAAGAUGAUUUAUCUGGGCUAUACAAGCUUCUCAAGCGGCGACAAUAGCAGAAAGAGAUAG